GCACUACCUUAUGUUUUUGUUGUUGUUUUCCCAGGGGGAAGGUGACAGGUUAUAGGAUAGGUUAACGAGGACUUUUAUCUUUGUUAGGAGAUUGAAUUCCACAUCUUGUUUGCUAUCUUUAGUUGUUUGUUUGACCACAUUUCAUACUUUUUAAAAAUGUUAUCACUAUGAAGUUGAUAUUAUUGUCGUGGACUUUAACGCUCUAGCGUAGCUACGCCCCCAACAGUGAAACAAGAAGUCUAUCAUAUUAGAUCAGACGUCAUAGAAGUUGUAAAAUGGACAAGCUGGAAGCCGAAGCUAGAGCUACGGCAACAAAACAUGUUAUCAACAUGUUGCAAAGACCAGGCCAGCUGGAAAAGGUGGAGCAAUAUAAAAGGAGAGUAUCAAGGAAAAAAGCUUCUGUUGAAGCAAUGCUAAAAACUGCAAUGCAAAGCCAACUUGAUGGAGUGCGAGUAGGCCUAGAUCAACUUCAAGUGUCAUUGAGUGAAAUAAAAGACAUCAAAGAUAGUCUAAAGACAAUGGACCAAUUAUUUUGUGAAGUACCCACCCUCUGUGAGAAUCUUCAAGAUGUGAAGGAAGAAAACAGUCGUCAUUCCCAAUAUGUCACUGCAAUGGAAAAUCUGAAACACAUUUUUACUGUUCCUGAAUGUGUUGAGAAAACUAAGCAAUGGAUAAGUGAAGGAGACCUCUUACAUGCAAGACAGAGCUUGACAGAUCUUGAAAACUCGCGAGAUGAUUUGCUUUGGGAACUCCACAAGUCGCCAAACCAAUCUGCUGCCGAUUGUGUGCUGUUAGCUGCUUACUUUGAAGAUGUGGAGGAAUUGAGCAGUCUUUUAGAGAAACAAGUUCGUAUUGUGCUGGGAAGAACACUAAACACCGUUAGGAAGGAACCUACUAUUAUUGUCACAGCACUCAGAAUUGUAGAAUGGCAAGAAAUGCAAGAUGAGUUUGCUGCUCAGAGAGAGAAACAAAGUGGUUUCAAGCCUCCAGGUCGACCAAAGCAUUGGAGGAAGAUGGCAAUGGAAGUAUUGGAACAAUCAGUUUCUCAGCGUAUUGAGGGGACUCAUGUCGAUGAAAGGGAUACAAAAAUGUGGCUUGUGCGGUAUUUAGAGCUUACGCGCCAACUCAUUCUUGAGGACCUAAGAGUUGUAAAAACAUUAUGUGAACCAUGCUUUCCUCCAUCGUGGAACAUUGUUGAAAAAUAUGUUGAGAUGUAUCAUACCUGUCUUUCUAGGCAUCUCGAAGAACUUGUCCAAAGUGGAUUAGAAGGAAAUGAAAUGGUUUCUAUGCUUGCCUGGACUACUAAUACCUAUGCUGGACCAGAACUCAUGCAAAAUCCCGAGUUAAAUUUUGACACAUCACGCCUUGGGCCCUUGUUAUCUGAAACUGCUGUCAACUCAUUGCAAGAAAAAUAUUUGAAGGUGAUGGAAAAUAACUAUCAGGAGUGGAUGAGAAAAACUUUAGAAGCGGAACAGGCUGAUUGGAGAGCUGGUGUUGCUCCAGAGGGAGAUGAAACGGAUGGAUUCUUCCACACAUCUGCUCCGGUCAUAAUCUUUCAAAUGAUUGAUCAAAAUCUUGUUGUCACUAAAAUCAUAAGCCAGGAACUUACUCAUCGUGCUCUUCUCCUAUCAAUGGAUCAGGUGGCUCAGUAUGGUCACCGUUAUCGAGAUGCCAUCAUUAUGUUUAAAACUCGGCACUUUGAAGACCGUAGUCAAGUUCCAUUCUUUACUCACUAUAUGAUCACUAUUGUAAACAACUGCCUUCGUUUUGUUGAGUUGGCACAAUCAUUAAAAGUGCAGUAUUGGCGCCCAGGUGUCCAUGAUAGAGACUCGGCAACAAAACUUGAUUUACUUUUAACCACAUUCCAGAAACUUAGAAAUGAAGCAGCUCAAUUUUUAUUGGAUGAGGCAUUUCUAGAUUUAGACAUUCACUUCAAAGAUAUUGCAACUCCAAAAUGGCUCACCAGCUCAAUACCUGUUGAUACAAUAUGUGUGACACUUGAAGACUACUUUCAGGAUUACGUACACCUCUGUGAAAAAAAUUUUGAACUGGUUAUAAUAGAGGCUCAGAACAGUGUGGCAAGAAAAUAUUUAACCGCGCUUCUGCAGCGCAAACUUUCACUGAAAGAACUUGAGCAAAGACGCAAAUUGGCAAAGAAGGUAUCAGAUGAAGCAGACCGACUAAAAGCUCUGUUUCGACGAGUAGCCCCCAAAGUUCAAUCUGAAGAUUCUCCUUUGGAUGCAUUAAAAAUAUUGGUUGAGGUUAUCCGUUCUGAAGAUGCUGAAAUGUUAUCGUUGGACUUAAUAACUGUAAUUGAAAAGUAUCCUGAUAUCACUGAAGACCACCUAAGCCGUUUUCUGUCCCUCAGGGGUGAUAUCACUCGUCAAGACAUAAAAGAAAAGCUUGCGGAUGUUAUGAAAAAUGAUAGUCAAAGCAGAAAGAAACGACUCACAAGUCCUCCUAGUAUAUUUUCACAAAUUAAUUUAUCAUGAAUUAGCUCAUGUACAUAGAAAGAACAUAUUAUUCUGUUCAUUUUCCAUUAAAAUAAAUAUAUAUUACUGUUCAUAA